UCUCUCUCUCUCUCUCUCUCAUCAGCACCGCUCUGCAGCCCCACAGAGGCCGCCAUCUUGUUUGUUCAGGCGGAGGAGGGGUGGGGGGAAGCGGCCCCCGGCAGCCCAGCAUCAAGGGUGAAGCAGAAAACGGAGAACCGGCCUCACACCCUCCCCCUCCCCUCUCCCCUGGCGGUGGGGGGACGCUGAGGCCAUGUUCUACGCCCACUUCGUCCUCAGCAAACGUGGGCCGCUGGCCAAAAUCUGGCUGGCGGCUCACUGGGACAAGAAGCUGACCAAGGCCCACGUGUUUGAGUGCAACCUGGAGAGCAGCGUGGAGAGCAUCAUCUCACCCAAGGUGAAAAUGGCCCUACGAACAUCAGGGCACCUGCUGCUGGGGGUGGUGAGGAUUUACCACCGGAAAGCCAAGUACCUGCUGGCAGACUGUAACGAGGCCUUCAUCAAGAUCAAGAUGGCGUUCAGACCAGGUGUGGUGGAUCUACCAGAGGAAAACAGAGAGGCAGCCUACAACGCCAUUACUCUACCCGAGGAGUUUCACGACUUUGACCAGCCUCUACCAGACCUGGAUGAUAUUGACGUGGCUCAUCAGUUCAACUUGAACCAGAGCAGAGUGGAGGAGAUCACCAUGAGGGAGGAGGUGGGCAACCUCAACCUGCUGCAGGACAAUGACUUCGCGGACUUUGGGAUGGAUGACCGGGAGAUGAUGCGCGCGGAAAGCGCAUUCGAGGUGGACAUCAUGGGAGCGUCGGCUUCCAAUCUGCUGCUGGAGGCUGAGGGUGGAGCGGACCAGAUGGCCGACAAGUCUAACCACCUGGACUAUGACGACCAGUACAAAGACGACUUUGGAGACAAUCCCAUGGAGAGCAAUGAGGGAGGAAUGCUGGUGGACAAACUCCUGAGUAAUGAAGAUGGUGGGGGGAUCUUUGACGACCCUCCUGCUGUCACAGAGAGUGUGAUGAUGCCUCAGGACCACGGAGACGAUGACAAUGAUUUUGAUGCCCUCUCAGCGGGAGCCCCAGACAGCCCAGACUCAGGCCCAACAGAGCCUCUGCCGGCCAUGACCGACCAGGCAGAACAAACAGCCGUUGUUCACAACGAGGAGGAAACCUUCGCCCUGGAGCCCAUCGACAUCACAGUGAAGGAGACCAAGGCCAAACGCAAGAGGAAGCUGAUUGUGGACAGCAUUAAGGAGCUGGACAGUAAAACUAUCCGUGCACAAUUGUCGGACUACUCUGACAUCGUCACCACCCUGGAUCUGGCUCCUCCCACCAAAAAGCUGAUGAUGUGGAAGGAGACUGGUGGGGUCGAGAAACUGUUUUCUCUCCCCGCUCAGCCUCUGUGGAACACGAGGCUCCUCAAGAUGUUCACAAGGUGCCUGACACCACUAGUACCAGAUGAGCUGAGGAGGAGGAGGAAAGGUGGGGAGGCUGACAGUUUGGAUGAGUUCCUCAAGGACCUGGAGAACCCAGAUGUGCCUCGACAGGAAGCAGGCCACCAGCAGAGAGAUGUCAUUGACCAGACAAUCAUGGAGGAGGCCAGUGCGCUGCAGACGUCAGCUGUGGAGGGCAGCAGGACGACUCUGGAUGAGUCAGUCAUGCCCCCUCCGUCCUCCCAGCGGGGCCUGAAACGCAAGGCCCAGGACACAGAGCCGGCCCUGCCUAUGGGAACACUAGAUCAACAGCAACUGCAGCAGGAGCAGCAAGGUUCCAGAAGCUCUGACGAGCCCCAGCAGUUGGAGUCGUCAUCUAAUGUAGAUUUGCCCCCAGAGGAAACCACCACCAACAUCAGCCAGCUGAUAGAGUUAGACCUGCUCCUCGACAAGAAGAAGAACGAUGAUGACUCUGACUCUGAGGAGGAGGAGGCACAAGGAGGAGACCAGGACCAGGAGGAGAGGAGGUGGAACAAAAGAACGCAACAGAUGCUGCAUGGACUCCAGAGGGUGAUGGCUAAAACAGGUGCCCAGUCAGUCAGCCUGCUGGACCUGUGCCGAAACAACAACAAGAAGCAGGCAGCAGCCAAGUUUUACAGCUUUCUGGUACUAAAGAAGCAGCAGGCAGUGGAGCUCGUCCAGGAGGAGCCUUACAGCGACAUCAUAGCUACGCCGGGGCCUCGUUUCCACAUCAUCUAGAAAGUAGAUCUUCAGUUGUUUGUAAUAUUGUAAUGUCAAGCAGUGGUGGGAGGAAAUAGGUCUAAAUAAUACGGUUGCAUUAAAAGAAAAUUAUAACUAAUAAUUAUUAGAAAAUUGAGAAUUUUUAUUAUUAUUAUUUAUUGUAUGUACAUUUGAAAAGUAUGCUUUAAGAUACUUUAUAAUGGAAAAUGUUUACACAAUAGUAACACUUUGGAGCUUCAUUUGUUCUUCUGCUGAGAAUGAGGUUAGACAAAAGGAGCAUGCACCACACCACAACCAGUAACAUUUAAUAUUUUCUGCAAAUUCUUUGCCUGUUUCAUGGACUGUUUAUGCUGUGAACUAAACUAUAGCAGUGCCCCUAAAUCAUCCAAAGUAUAUAUGAAUUUAAGGAAAGACUUGAUUCUAAAUCAUGCUCAUACUGCAAAAGUAAAAAACAUCAAUGGCUGCAAUGAAAUGAAGCAUGUUGUGUACGUCAUUAGUAUAUAAAAUCAGUGGUCUGCUGUAUAUGCAUCCUCUAUCCUGAAACAUUUCAAGACUGGACUUGCUCCAGAAGCUACUCUGUAGUGGUGUCUUACUGUUUUAUCCUAAAAUGACUUGAAGUGUGUGA